AUGAAGUUACGCAUUGCUGCAGUUCAAUUGAACCCAAUUAUUGGACAUGUGGAAGACAAUUGUCGAAGGGCUGUUCAAAUUAUUGAGAUGGCCUUUAAAUCCAGACAGCCCCCAGACCUUAUCAUCCUUCCAGAACUUGCAUUAACGGGAUACAAUUUCAGGAAUAGAGAGCAUAUUAAUCCGUAUCUUGAACUUAAAGGACAGGGACGCAGUUAUAAACUUGGAAGACAACUCUCUGAAAAGUAUCAUUGCCAUACAUUACUCGGGUAUCCUGAGAAAUCUCGUUUGAGUUCGAACGAUUUCAAGGUAUAUAACUCUGCUAUACUGAUAUCUCCCUCAGGGGACGUUGUCUUCAACUAUCGCAAGACAUUUUUGUACGAGACGGAUGAAAAUUGGGGAUGUGUGGAAUCUCCGGAUGGAUUUCAGGCAUUCAAUUUGAAUAUAAAGGGACAUACAUUUAAAACCUCAAUAGGUAUCUGCAUGGAUUUAAAUCCUUAUAAAUUCAAGGCACCAUUUGACAAGUUCGAGUUUGCCAAUUUUUGCUAUAAAAAUGAUGUUGACUUAGUUCUUCUUCCUACUGCUUGGUUAAAUACCAGCUGGAGUGAAGACUGGACACAGAAUGAUGUGGAUAAGUACACCAAACUGUACCACAAAGAAGAAGCGAUUGAAGUCAAUACAGACGAGUCCCAGAACGAAAUCAUUUUGGCUCCCGAAGAACCAGAUCACUUUGUUCGUUGCGAACCUGAUAAGAAGACAGGAAGAUAUUGGAUUCUGCGAAUGAAUCCGCUCUACACAAAGCCGCAUCCAGGGAAAAAGAAGCUUGUCAUAAUUUGUAAUAGAAGUGGAAUGGAAGGAAGUAUGAUGUAUGCUGGAACUUCAUCGAUAUUUGAAUUCAAUGGAGGUCCGUCCAGAUUCAAUGAAGCUACAGGAGACAUGUUUAUAGACUUUAACGUUGACGGAUCUUUGGGACAGGGUAAUGAAGGGGUGCUCCUUAGAGGGGUAGAAAUAUAG